UAGACUGAACCAUGAAUCUUCAGGCUCAGCAAAAGUCUUCAAGCAAAAGGACUGGGAAACGAAUUACCUAUUUUAAUGAGCAGGAAAUACCUGUGUCAUCAAAAGAACCACAGCAGCAGCUUAAGGAAGGACAGUACUAUGGUCAUGGAGGGAAUAUACCGGUUUCCCAAACUAUGGAGAUUUCUCAUGCAGGAGGAUUAACAAGUGCCCCCAACAACGUUGCUUUGAUGAACUCUGUUUACAAUCAAGAUAGGGGAGAAGCAAUGAUGAUGUCCCAGACAGUAACAGCUGUCAAAUGGCAGAAUUCACUAAUGGGAAACCGGUUGCCAGAGAGGGGUGACAGCCACUGGCAGGCUCCACCUUCGAUGUGGAACCACAGUAUGGUUUUUGGGGGCAACCCAAAAGGACCCCACUCCAAUGCUGGUGCCCCAGGCUUCUAUGGCCACCCAGAAGCCCUUAAAAGAAAUCAAGAGAAAGGAGUGUUUGUGUCACAGCUGGACUUAUAUGGAGAUGCUGUCCAGCAGAUGAUGUCCCAGAAGGCUCAGCUGGAACAGCAAGCCCUGGUUAGACAGCAAGCUCAAAUUAAUUCUUUUCAUCAGAUGCAAAAACAGCAGCAGCAGAAUCAAAGUCUGCCGUUACAGCCUUUCCAACUUGCAUUUGGUCACCAAGGCCAAAAGCAGGGUCUUCCUGAAUUGUUACAUGUCUUUCAAGAGGCCCCAGCUUCUUCCAGUCCAGCAUUUACUGCUCAACAAAAACAGCAAGCUCUUCCCCAGCUACAACUGUUUGAAAAUUUCUAUCCUCAGCAGCAGCAGCAGCAACAGGCUGCCACACAAGCCUUCAGUCUGCAGCAAACUACUUCCAUAGCACAGCCUCAUGUGGCAGCUGCAGCACCUCAGCAUCACAUGAUGGCACACCAGUUUCAGCAAACAGAGAGGAACCAGGAGCUAUUCAAGGCUCUAACAGAGCAGAACCCACAGACUGUGCUACCUCAGACCCAGAUUCCCUUUCCAAGAAGGUCACGGAGACUCUCCAAAGAAGGUGUCCUGCUGACAUCUGCAGGAGAAGUGUUGACUUCUAAGCAGGCAGAAGAACAACCUAGCAAUUUGUUUCUGCAUCACUGGCAAACACAUCAGCAAGAGGUUCCAUUACAGCAGCCACCUGAAUCACUGGCCCACAACAAAAGUGGCUAUUCGCACCCCAAGAGAAUGGAUCUGGGGCAGAAGGAUGUCCUGGUCAAUAGUGAGCUGUGCCAGAUGGAAACAGACAGGCAAGCCACCGCCCAGAAUGGUAGAGAUGGGGAGAAACAGGCAGCAGCAGCUGAAGAAAAUACUCAGAGAACUAAUGAUUUUCAGGGUGUGAGAGGUGGUGUAAUCCAGAGUACACGACGGAGACGGCGUGUUUCUCAAGAAGCCAAUUUGCUAACUUUAGCCCAAAAAGCUGUUGAGCUGGCUUCUCUUCAGAAUGUAAAGGAACUGGAUACUUCAGAAGAGAAGAAGAGUGUGCUGAUUGCAGCUCCAGGACCUACAGCUGCAAAAAGUGUUGUGGAAUUCACCAGUUCUUCACCAGCUCCCAAAAGAGCCCGGGAGGAUAACAGCCUCGUGCCUCUUAUCAUUCCUGUGUCUGUGCCAGUGAGAAAAAUUGACUUGCAGAGCCUUGGAAAGGAAAAGUCUGAGGAUGGAAAGCUCCAGAGAGGCCAAACAAAUGAUCGAGCUCCUUGUGAACGCAAGCCUUCUGUGAUAGUCACUCGGAGGCGAUCUAAUCGUAAUACUAACAUGGAAACCUCAAAUCAGCAUGAAGAUGCUGUUCCAAAGGAUGAAGCAGAGGGCUUUACCCGGAAACCAAAGCAGCGGCCAAGACCUGAGCCACUCUUCAUACCACCAAAAGCUGGCACCUUUAUUGCACCACCUGUUUAUUCUAACAUUACUCCAUAUCAGAGCCACUUACGGUCACCUGUCCGUCUGGCAGAUCAUCCUUCAGAUAGGAAUUUUGAGCUACCUCCUUACACUCCUCCGCCAAUUCUCAGUCCAGUGAGAGAAGGCUCUGGGCUAUAUUUUAAUGCUAUCCUCUCUUCAAGUGGUCAUUCGGUUCCACCUCCAAUGACCCCUAAAAGUGCUCACAGAACUCUGCUUAGAUCAAAUAGUUCAGAAGUUACCCCUCCUGUUCUUACGGUAGUGGGGGAAGCCACCCCGGUCAGUAUUGAACCGCGAAUAAAUGUAGGAACUCGCUUUCAAGCAGAAAUCCCGUCGCUCCAGGACAGAUCUUUGGCAGCAGUUGAUGAACAUAAAGCAGAGCUGGUGUGGCAGCCAUGGGGCGACCUGGAAACCAACAAAGUCACCCAAGAGAAUGUGGAAAACCUGCUAGCUGCUGCCUGUUCAAGCAUUUUUCCUGGGGCUGGAACCAACCAGGAGCUGGCGCUGCAUUUCUUACAUGAAGCAAAGGGAAGCAUUCUGGGAGCUUUGACCAAACUGCUGUUGAAGAGGCCAGUACGAUCACCUACCCACCCUUUGGCAGAUUAUCACUACACAGGGUCAGACAAGUGGAAAGUUGCUGAAAAAAAACUUUUCAACAAAGGCAUUGCAAUCUACAAGAAAGACUUUUUCUUGGUCCAAAAGCUUAUAAAAACCAAAACAGUGGCUCAGUGUGUGGAAUUCUACUACACAUACAAGAAACAGGUGAAAAUUGGUCGGAAUGGGACCUUAAUCUUUGGGGACAUUGAUGUUGCUAGUGAGAAAUCUAUGAAAGAUGAAGCUGAAGUUGACAUCAAGAGUUCCCAUAGGUUUGCACGCGUCCUUCCUCCCAGAAGGGACAUUUACAGUGAAGAACAGGGGCAUGUGGAGGAGGAGGAAGAGGAGGAAGAAGAGGAGGCAGAGGAAGGGUUGGAUAACAGAAAGAAGAGCACAGUUCCUCUCAAAGAUGAACAGACACUACAAGAUGGUGUAAUAGCCAAUGAUGCCAAUAUGAGGAGUCAAGAGGCAACUGUCACAGGCAGAAUUGGAAGGAAGCCAAGGGAGACAACACUGAAGCCUCGAAAGCCUAUUACUGCUCCAGUGCAGAGGAGGAGGCGGAAACAGAAGAUAAAAUCCGAUGCUACCAGUAAAACUCAGAACACAGAAAACACAUUUCCAUGUAAAAAAUGUGGCAGGGUGUUCUACAAGGUGAAAAGCCGCAGUGCUCACAUGAAAAGCCACGCAGAGCAGGAAAAGAAGGCGGCCGCACUGAAGCAGCAAGAGAAAGAGGCAGCAGCAGCGGCAGCAGCAGCCCACAGCCAGGCCCGGCAGGAAUUGAGCAGCGAGAGUGAGAGCAGCAGCAGUGGAAGCAGCAGUGCGAGCUCGGAUGAAGAUGGAGAAAUAUAGCAGCAGACCAGAAGUGGAGGGAGUAGCAAGGCUGGACCCAGCCUCCCUCUUGGUGGUCUCACUUUUUUUGCUUGCACUUUUCUUACCUGAACCAUCAGGUCUCAGUUUCAGUGCUGCCGUUUCCUCAUGCUACAUGUUCCACUUCACCUUGCCAGUACUGACCAAGCUGGAAUGGUGGAUGAAAAGAUUUCUUUCAACUUGGAUUUUUUUUUUUAAAAACAAAUAAGAUUUCUAUUCUAUUUAUAGUGAUACCUGAGGUACAUAAUAGAACAAUGUCACCUGCAGUGGAAGUAAGUUCUCUCUCAGGUCAGUCAGACCUUUCUUCUUGUGCUUGUCAGGAAUCAUGAUAACAGGGCUCUUGGAUAUAAAGGUUUCCAGACCGGAGCAAGAAAAUGAUGCUCUGCUCUGAGCUAAGUGUAUCCAGUUACUGUGACACUGGUGAUUUCUAGAUAUUUCCUUUCUCAGCAAGUUCUCCCUCCUGUUACACUUUUCUGUCUUUCUUUCUGAGCAUUUAUUCAGGCAGCCAACAAGUUUUGUGGAAAGAUGGUGUGCACUUUUGGCCUCUGCUUCACAAAAAUGAAAAGUGGGAUGAGCAAGACACUCUUCUUCUUUUUGAGAGGAAGUUUUAUUUUUCAAAAGGAAGCCUGAGGUGGUUUCUUUUAUGCCAUUAAGAAUGCAGCAAUGGAUAUUAAAAUAUCCUGUGGGAUUAGAGUAGCCACAGGCCUUGUAGGUUGUCUCAUCUUGGAAAACAAAAUAGUCUGCCUUUGAUUAACUUAAUGGAAAGUAGUCUGGGCUUCACAAGUGCAAUUUAAAAUGAAAACUGCUGGUUUUGACUUUGCAUAAAUGGGAGCAAGUUUGUUUAGUGAAAAUGAACCAAGACCUUCU